GCGCCUUUGGACACGUCAAAAAAUGGCCCUCUCUCUGUUUCCAAUCUCCAAUUCUGAGUAUUUAUCCCUUAAUUUUCUCCUAAAAAAAAGCAUCCUUAUCUGUGUUGAUAAUUGAACGUUUCCAACGCUAAUCCUCUCUCUCACACAUAUUCUAUCUACUGUUUGUUGGGUUCUUUAUUCUUCUGCUAAGUCUCUUUUCUUUGGUUUGGUUAAAAAUGCCAGCUGAGUCACUCAAGUCAGAGAAGUCGAACCCGAUCCCCAUGGCUGCCUGGCCCACUCUAAUCAAGUGUCCACCAAAUGGGGGAGAAGAAUUCAUGAAGGCCAAGAAGAAUGUGAUGGCGACCAAAGCCAGUCUGGAAUCCAAGAAGAGUUGCAUCUGCUCUCCAACAAGCCACGCCGGUUCCUUCAGGUGCCACCUUCAUCGAGCUACUGCAGCGACUCAGAACUCAUCCUUCUGCUCAAUGGCAAGCGCUAGCAAUAAGUUAAAGGGUGCGGGUGGUCAGCCUGUUCUCUCCAGGCUUGGUAGGGCUUCUUCUCCGAAACUGAAACCCGUUCCUGAAAGCAGUCUGCCAGGCCAAUAACAAUCCCUCUGGCUCUCUGGUCAGCAUCAUUCCAGGUUGUAAAUGGCAUAAAUUUUACACCCCUCUUUUAGUUUCCCUCUGCUUUUUAUUCAUAAAGUGGGGACAUUUGUAGUCAGAAAACUAAUCCAAGGACAUUUGUAGUCAGAAAACUAAUCUAACUCCUUUAAAUGUCAUCAAUUUCCUUGCCCUUCAUACUGAGGGAAUCCCUGAAUUGAACAGCAAGAGGGGCGAAACCUGUGAGCAUCUCAGGAUGGCAUUUCAAGCCCAUAGCGUCCUUUGCACAUAACAGAAAAAAGGUUCAUGGUGUUGUCCAAGUCAAUAGGCGCACCUCUUCAAGAACUAUCAAAUCAUUGAGUCCCUGUUGGGAACAUCUAAUAAAUGACUGCUCGCUCUUACAAAUUUGACUUGUGCGCCACGAGAGUACGGUUGCUGAUUGGCUUUGAAGAAAAAGCUACUUGCGGGAAGGACAUCGAUCUGGAGCUCAUUUUGAUUUGCUUCCAUAGUAAGAAGUUUGAUAGGGAUUUGGGUAAUCAAUGCUUGAAUUAGCUAAAACUCUUAGUUUUGCUAUAUUUGUUUUAUCUCUUUUGCCGAUUGUUUGUAUUAGCGGAAUCAAGCCUAUGAGCAGAAAGAGUAACAAAACUCAAAAGGACAUGCACUUGGAGGGGUUAUACAGUGUUAGGGGAUUGAGUUUUGUUUUGGGUAAUGCACUUCCGCCGAAUAAA